AUGAGCCUCCAAAUCAACUUAAAGGAAUUGAUUUUUUAUCUUAAUAAUCAAGGGAGCAUAUUGAAUUACAGACAAAAUGAAUUGUUGAAGGCUGAAUAAGUUAAUAUUUUAACCAAUGGUGAAGUUCUUAUUGUUUCUUCUAAGUAAAUUUUAUAUUGAUUAUCAAGUGGUCCUUAAUAAACGUUAAGUAUAAGAAAAUAACCAAUAUUUGAAAAAUUAGGAGUAAAAGAUUUCCUUAUAUUUAUAGGUGACAUCUUUAAAAGAAGAUUUAAGACUUUAAAAUGAGUUAUGCAAACAUGAUUAAGAAGUAAUUCAUUUUUGUGAAGAUACAAGAUUUUUAGGUUCAGAAUUUUAUGUUAGAGGAUAAACAAAAGGAAGAGUAUUUGAUGAGUUGACAAUUUAAAGUUUAACUAAGAACUAAAGAAAACUAGUUUUAAGUGAGAUUAUUAGUUUUCUAAGUCGAAUUCACAGUAUUGGUUAUCAAAGCACUUUUAAUUAUACUGCAAUGAUAGAAAGUUUAAGAAUCCAAUACAAAACUCAUGAAACAAGAAUUCAAACAAAUAUUGAAGAUCUGCUUUAUUGGUUAUCAAUGAAUAUUCCAGAAUAUACAAUAUAAGAAUCUCUUUGUUUAUGGAAUGUUGAACUAAAUAAUUUUAUUUUCGAUUUAUCGGAAAUUAAACUGAUUAAUGUAUAAAAUUGGAAUUCUAUUUCUUUUGGGAAUCCCUUUCUAGAAUUGGCCAGAUUUUUAUCUAACUAUGACAUUCCAUACAUACAAUAAGUUACUAGUUAUGGGUUGAAAUAAAUUGAAUCUCUUUUGGGAAUACAAACUAAAUAAGAAUUGAUUAAUCAAUAUUGUAUGGAGAGACAAUUAGAUUAAAUACAACAUAUUAAUUACAACACUAUAAUAGUUUUAUUGUAAAGAGCUAUCUUCAAAUAACAAUGUAUAAGGAAUAAAGUAAAUCCUGAUAAAAAUAAUAUAUUCCAAUAAGAACUUGAAAUUCUAUCGAAAUCGGCUUGGAAUAUAGUUUUAGAAUUUACAAAUGAUGAUCCUUUCUAAAUAAAAUUGAGAGCUGAGACUGAUUAAUAGUUAUGGUCUAAAUAUCCAGUUAGUCAAAGAUGCAAAAGUUAUUACUAUAGAAUAAGAGAUUUUCUGAAAGAUGAAGUAUUCCCUAUAGAGAAAUCAUAGUUUGAUAUUAUCUAUUCUUUUGAUAAAGAUGAUCAUUGGAAAGGAUUGCCAGGCAUUGAACAUUUGUAAAAAAGAGCAAAAUAAUUGGGAUUAUGGAAUCUUUUCAUAAUGGAACCUGUUUAUGGAAAAGGAUUGAAUAAUUUAGAAUACACAUUCAUAUCUGAACUUAUGGGUACUGCAUUCUUUGGACAUUAAAUUUUCAAUUGUUAUGAACCAGAAGCUGGAAAUAUCAAAUUAUUGAUAAUGGCAGCUAAUGAUUAUUAAAAAGAAAAAUAUCUUAAACCUCUUCUUGAAGGACAAUGUAAAACAUUUUUUGCUAUGUCUGAGAGAAAUGUAGCUUCAUCUGAUCCAACUAAUUUAGAGACUAUUAUUAUAAAAUAAGGAGAUGGAUAUGUUAUCAAAGGAAAUAAAUGGAUGGUCUCAGGAAUUUAAGAUGAAAGAUGCAAAUUCGGUAUAGUGAUGGGUAAAACAACUGUUAAUACAAAAUCUACCUUUACAGAAUAAACUAUGUUUUUAGUUGAUAUUCCUCAUCCAAAUAUAAAAUUUAAAAAUCCAGUAACUAUUCUUGGUUAUGAUGAUGCACCCCAUGGAUUUUUAGAAGUAGAAUUCGAUAAUGUUUAUGUUCCAAAAGAAAAUAUGUUAGGUAAAGAAGGGACUGCUUUUGCUAUGACUAAAGAAAGACUUUUAGGAGGAAGUUUACAUCACAGUGCUAGAUUACUAGGAUUGACUCGUAGAUCUUUAAAUGUUUUGUUAGAAAGAGGAUAAAGAAGAAUUCAUAAAGGAAAAAAAUAAAAAGAGGGUUCAGCAUUCUAAGAAAAAAUUGGAAAAAUGGAAUGUGACUAUUAAAUAUGCAAAAAUAUGAUUAUAAAUGCUGCUAUGGUAUUAGAUUAUUUAGGUGCAAGAAAUGUACAAUCACUCAAAGCUGUUAGUGAAACUAAAGCAUUUGUACCAUAUAAAUGUUAAUGUAUUGUUGAUGAAUGCAUUUAAUUAUUUGGUGCUCGAGGUAUUACCACUGAUUUUAUUUUGUAAAUUACUUUUUAGGCAUGCAGAGGAAUUAGAUUUAUUGAUGGUCCAUGUGAAUUACACAAAAAACAAGUAGCAAGAACUCUUUAAGGAAAUCAUAUGUUUAACGAGUUGAUUAAUGGAGAUGGAUAUAUAGCCAAUCUAUGA